GCGCGAGGCUGGGUGGCCCAGGCGGCUGUCGAGGACCUCGACGGUGGAGACGAGGACCUCUGGGAGGCGCCGGAGGCCGUCGUGCCCGCGCCCUUGGAGGACGGGCCCGUGCCGAUCGUCCCGUUGGCGGUGGCCCAGGGCAAAUGCUACUGCAGCACGGGCUACACAGCAGGCGGCCUUGAGCAGUGCCUGUUCGGGUGGCGGGCGCUGCGUGUCUCCAGCGCAGAGCUGCCGCUGCGCUUCGUGACGGCCGAGUUCCUCUUCAGCGACGACGGCUACUGGGACUGGUGGGCCAGCCACCCUGGGCAGCUGAGCGCGGUGACAGAGCGCCCGCUCAUCUACGUGUGCUCGGAGAGCCCGUGCUCAGUCGUGGAGGGGCCGGGGACGUGCACCGAGCUGACCCACGUGGCGGACGUGGAGGAGCUCGGCCUCACGGACCUGCGGGCGCUGUUCGUCGAGUGUCAGGAGGCGAACCCAGAGGCGGCUUGGCCAGCAGCAUGCCUCGGGCCGCUGGUCGCCGCCGCCGCCCCCGCGAGGCCCGCUGCGGUGGCCAAAGCGACGGGUCGCUCGCCAGCCGCAGCAGGUCCUCCCAGGGCCCCGCCUGGCGCUGCCCCAUUCGACGACUUCCUGAGCGUAGGAGGCUCGUCGCGCGGCCCUGGCUCAGAGCUGGCCGCAGACGAGGAGGCAGUUGCCGCGGGCGGCCUGGGAGGCAAGCUCGCAGGGGCUCGUGUGCGCCUCGAGGAGGGGAAGCGGGCGGCUGGGGACGUCAACCUGGACGGCUUCCCCCUCGAGCGCGCCGCGAAGCUCAAGAGGGCCGCCUCGGACGUGGGCCCCCGAGGGUCAGGGGGCCCUGUGCCUGAGCGGGCGCCGCCAGGAGCUGGUCUGAGCGGCGGCAUAGCGGAGCUGGCGCAGGCGCUCGUGAUGGCCAUCCGCGAGGGCAAGGAGGCUCCCCCUGGCGACAUCGGCGGGGACGGCCUGGGCUCCUCGGACCCCGCCGCGGUACCGCGCGACCUGGCCACGGAGAGGGCCUUCUGUCGUCGGAUGGCCGCCGCCCCCCCGGGCCGCCUCACGGAGCUGAGCCUGCAGCAGAUGGCGGAGAUCGGCGUGCAGACGCACCGCGAGCUCCGCACCCUCGCGGAGGCGAUGGACCUGCUGAUGCAGGGGAAGGCGGCCCACGCCUGCGACCUGAUCGUCCAGCGCCUAAAGGCGCUGCAGGUGGCAACGACGGACGGCUCGUGGGCGGCGGCGAAGUGGUUGGAGCUGAUCCCGCCGCGCGACGAGCCCACGGCCAUCCGCAGCGAGGAGGAGGAGCUCAUCCGCAGCAUCCAGCUCGGCGAGAUGAGGCUGGACGAGCUCUCCGCGCGCCUGGCCUCCGCCAAGACGAAGGCUUCUGCGGCAGCUCCACCAGCCCCCCUGGCGGCGGCCGCGGGCGGGGCUCCCCCGCGGGCCGAGGGGUCGGCAGCCUCGCCGCCGUGGAAGAUGUCCUUCGCGGGGAUGCGGAAGGAGUUCCCGAAGCAGCCGGGGGAGACGAACACCCAGCACCGCCUGCGAGCCUUCAAAGCUCGUGCGGCGGGCGUCGCGGAGCCCCCGCUGGCCACCGCGCUGCAGUGCUGGUCCGACGGGCUCUCCCUCGGCUUCGGCAAGAGCAUCGUCGCGGUCGACCUGGCGGCGCAGCUGGCGGCAGCAGUGCGACGCCACCCAGGCAGCCUUGGCCACUUCGCUCGGUCGUUCAGCAUGCGUGCGGACACAUUUUGUGGGAGCGGAGGGUCGUCGAACAGGAGGGUUCGGGACGCCCUGCCGCUUCCCCUUCCGUCGACCGAGGAGGUGGACCGCUGGCUGGCCCACAGUGCCUUGCCCAAGGCACGCAGGUGCCGCCGCCGCGCCGUGGCGCGGGAGGUCAGCGAGCAGGCGUGGCUGCACCUCAGCGCGGUGGCGCUCAACUAUGCGUUCUGCGGCCGCGCGCAGGAAGGCUGGCGCCACAGGCCGACCCUGUCGAAGGCGCAGACGCAGGUCUACGUGCACUUGAAGAGCCGAGCGGCGGCCCUGGCGGAGGACCCGCUUGCCAUGGUCGUGGCCCCUGCGAUCGACGAGCUGGCGGGCGGCUGCGGGUCAGCGUACGAGGGCAAGACGGGCAUGAAGGCUCUCCCCUGCUGGAUCUGCGGGCUGGCCCCUGGCCCGCCCACGCGGGAGUGCGCUGCCACGCUCGACGCGAUCGACUUCGUUGACGACGAGGUUGGCGCCUGGCUGCGCCGCCCCGAGCUGGCGCUCUUCGACCAGUCCGACUGGCCCGACCCGCUGCCGCGGGCCCGCGUGAACGUGGAGACGGAGGCGGACUGGGAGGAGCUGGCGCUGCACCUCGUGUCGCUCGGCAUCUUCACCACGCCCGCGGAGAGCGAGCUGGUCCGCGUGAGGAGCAAGCCCGUGCUGAACGGCCUGUUCGCGGUGGAGAAGAAGGGCACCCCAGCGCCUGGCGCCACGCGGGCCACCAGGCUCAUCCUCAACAUGGUGCCAGGCAACUCGCUCCUGAAGGCCCGCGUGGGCGAGGCGGCGCUGCUCGCGGCCUCGACGUCCUGGGGGGCCUUCUUCGUGUGGCGGGCCCCGCCCGCGUGGCACCCCUACGUGGCCGUGGGGCGGCCGUUCGCGGGCAAGCUGUUUGGCCGCUCGGAGCCCGUCGUCUACGUGACCUCGGCUGUCAUCGCCAUGGGCUGGUCGCUUGCAGUGCCCGUUUUCCAGCACAUCCACCGACGGCUGUGCCGCCUGGCGCCGCCCCUCGGGGCGGGGUUUCCCCCGGGCGGGGAGUGGCGCAGGGAUUGCGCGCGGCCCCUGGUCGAGGCAAGCAGCGGCCAGGACGCUGGCUGGUGGCAGGUCUACAUCGACGACUUCGAUGCGCCGGAGAUCGUCGAGGAGGUUUUGGCCCGCAAGCUCGUGGGGGCCCCGAGCGACCUCCAGCUGCAGGUCCGCGCCAGCCACGAGAGGGCGAGCGCCUCCUUCUCGGCCGAGAAGGCGCACUGCAGGCAGCUGAGGGUCGAGCGCAUGGGCGCGGACGUCGACGGCGUCAGCGGGCGCCUCGCGGCCCCCGCCUCCAAGGCGCUGGCCACUGCGGGCCUCUGCUUGGCCGCAGUGCAGCGGCGCCUGGUCCCGUGGCGCGUUGCCAUGGCGGCCCUCGGCAAGCUCGCGAGGGCCUUCGAGUUCAGGCGGCCGCUCUUCGGGGUCCUGAACUCCGUCUGGACGCUGGCUGCGUCCUCAGCGCAGGGGGCUUACCUGGACGCGGAGAUGGUGGAGGAGCUCCUAAUGGGCGUGAUGGUCCUGCCGCUGGCCGCCUCCUCGCUGCGGGCGCGCAUCGACAGCGUGGUCACGUCCUCGGACGCGUCGGAGAUGGGCGGCGGCGCGUGCACGUCAGCCGGCCUGCGCGAGGAUGUCACCGCCGCCUUGCAGGUGCCGAGGACGGUCCCCGACCAGCGGGGGAUAGGGGCCAGGCUCCUCAACGUGCCCGAGGACCCCGCCCGACCGUGGGCGGCAGCCAACCCACGCGUCCCCGCCAGGGCAGUCCGCAGGGUGUUGUCGGUGCUGCUCAUCGGCCUGUUCGACGGCAUCGGAGGCCUCGCCGUCGCCGUCUCGAGGCUGCCCUUCCGCAUCGCGGCCUACGUCGCGGCCGAGACGGACGCCAAGGCGAGGCGCGUUGUCAGGCUCCGCGGGCCAGGUGUCAUCGACUGGGGCGACGUCACCCGCGUGGGCAGCGAGACGGUGCGGAACCUGUUCGAGGCGUUCGGCGGCCUCGUCGACCUCGUGGCGGUCGCUGCGGGCAGCCCCUGCCAGGACCUGUCACGCCUCAACGUCGGCGGGCGCGGCCUCAGCGGCAGGAAGUCCUCGCUGUUCCACGAAGUGCCGCGUAUCCUGGCUCUCCUCGCCGCCGUCUUCCGGGACAGGUUCGUUUGGUUCGUGGAGAACGUGGCCAGCAUGUCCGACGUCAACGUGGAGCUGAUCUCGGAGGCGCUGCAGGUGAGACCGACGCUGGUGUGCUCGUCGGUGUUCGUGCCGUGCCGCAGGCCGCGCCUGUUCUGGACGAGCUGGGGCGUCACCGCAUCGGCGCCUCUUCGGCUGACCGACCGCGGGGUCUACGACGAGCUGGUGGGCCCUGGCGUCCCGCUCAUGGACCGCGCGUGGGAGGACGAGGGCUGCUCUUGGCCAGGGAGACCGAGGUACACCUCCCUAGCCACCAAGGGCUCGAACCCUCAGGACGCCUCCGACGCCAGGGCCUUCCUCCUCGGCAACAGCUUCAGUAUUCACGUCGUGGCAUGGUUGUGCCGGCAACUCCUGCACCGCCGCGGCGCGCUGAGCAGGGAGCUGUCGAUAGAAGAGGUGUCCCCCGUCCGCGAGUGCCGGGCGACGUGGGACCAGGCGGGGGCCUUCGUCACGGAGCCGGGGGAGCCGGACACCGCGGAGGCGAGGCAGCUGGUCCUGCACUACCUCAGCCGCGCGGAGAAGGGCGGGUCGGACGUCAGGCUGGACUACGGCGUUCUCUACCGCCCGCGAGGUUGGCCGAGGACGAGCCUGGGCCCGUUCGUGUGGAAGUGGCGCGUGGUGGUCAGCAUGGCGUGGCCCAGCCGGAGCUCCACCCACAUAAGCGUGAGCGCCCGCAAGGUCGCGCAGCACGGGAGCAGGUUCUUGCACCUCGUCGGCAGCCAGGUGGUCGCGGCCAUCGUGACGAGGGGCCGCAGCAGCAGCAGGAAGCUCCAGCCCAUCCUGAAGCGCUGGAUGGCCGUCGUCGUGGCGGCCGACAUGUACCCACUGAUCGGCUAUGUGGUCUCGGAGGACAAACCUGCGGGCGAGCCGUCGAGGCCCGUGCCCGUGAGGCGCCGCGGGACGCGCUGCCAGACUCUCUCUCCCCUGAGGGUGUCGGCGGAGACGCGGCGGCGCUACGGGCGGGCCCUGCGGGCCCCGCUGGCCCGCUUCGGAGCCGAGCAGGCGGGGGCGGACGCCUUGUGCAGCGACCCCGAGGACGCCGACGCCCUCGUCGCGGAGUACCUCGAGGGCCUGUGGGCCUCUGGUGCGGGCAUCGCGGCCGCCAGCAACACGCUGGCAGAGGGCAUGGAGGCAGCAUGGGCCAGCGUCCAGGCGGAGUUCGCUUGCGCUGCAGGCGCUUUCGACGUGGCCGCCCUCCUUCUCGUCAACCUUGAGGGCAUGCUCCAAGGCGCGGAGGUGUUUGCCCUGACGGUGGGCGACAUCGUCGACCGCGGCGAGCUGUUCGUGGUCCGGAUCAGCUCGUCCAAGACCACAGCUGGCAAG